UGUCUUGUGUGCUAGAUCCAUUGUUACAGAUGUGCACUAUGUCUGCUAGUAAUUUGGGCACAGCUGAUAUGGCAACCUUCAUGGUAAAUUCGCUUUAUAUGAUGAAGACUACUUUGGCUCUCUUUGAAUUCACUGACAAGCGUCUAGAAAUGUUACAGUUUCAGAUUGAAGCUCAUUUAGAUACACUUAUAAAUGAACAAGCUUCCUACGUGUUAACAAGAGCUGGUCUAAGUUACAUAUAUAACUCUCUGCAGCAACACAAACCGGAACAGGGUCCUCUUUCAAAUUUGCCAAGUAUGGAUUCUGUGUCCCUGAAGGUUGCAAUGGCUCAGUUUGAUCGCUAUCUCUCUGCUCCAGAUAGUCUGUUAAUGUCCCAGCUAAAUUUCCUUCUGAGUGCCACUGUGAAUGAUGUCUUCUUUGAAGUGUGGAAGCACGAACUUUAUUAUUUAUCUCUUGUCUUGUUUUUUGAAUAUAACUGAACCCUAAGGCUAGAGAAAGUGCCACGAAUUUCUUCCCAAUUAAAUGUGAGCCAUAUGAAGACAUUUUGUAAUACUUAAACUCAGAGAAUUAUAUGCUGCGCUGAUCAAAAACUUUUCUUGACAUUAUUUUUCACACUUUUGCGAAGAAUGCAGGUUAUGGAAUAUACCAGAAAUUGAGACUAGCACAUCACAUUUUAUGUGAUGUAACAAUAUUUGGAGUCUCAUUACUAGUACCUGUCCUUAGUGGGAUUGUAUUACAGCAUCUUGCAAUUAAAAAAUGACAUACGUCAAGGGAAAAGUAUUUAUUGUUGGGAACUUAUUAGAAUAGAAUAGAAUAGUUCAGUUGGAAGGGACCUACAAUGAUCAGCUAGUCCAGCUGCCAGGUUCUCCUGCUGUAUUGCUCAGGUUCUCCUCACUCAAAGACUUCCAGUUUCCUGCCAUACACGUGGUCUGUGGCUUGGCGUGGGGGAUGUUGGUGCUUGUCGGUACUUUGCUGGGUCUCUCUGCUAGGGUUACGAUUCCAACAGCUCAGCCAGCAGAGCUAACCCUGUUGUUCAAGAGCUGUUCUGCUCCAGUACAGAUCAAACACGGUAGCUUGAGCAGUAAUAUCAGUGAAGCAUUGCAACUUUUGCUUCUAGGUUUCAAGCUGUUAAACCUGUAUUUUAGCUCUUGCUCUUUUUUUUUUAAUGUAGGUCUAUUUAAAAAUCAUAAUAACAUUAAAUGUAUUUUGAAAGCCUCAAUUUUUCACUGCUAACACAGAAGCAAUUUUUCAGAGGUAGACUUUAUGCUACCAUAAAGACUCAGGCACAGUGAAAUUACUCUGACUUAAUCGUUUCUUCUGUUAGAUGAACCAAGAUAAACCAGUCAUGUACGCAUUCUUAGCCUUAGCCCAUUGAUAAGCUUUUUAAACCUUAGUGAAAUUUAAGCCAAAUUCAUGUUAUCUUGCAACAGUGGGCAGCUGAGAGGUAAGCCUGUGUGAGGAUGAUUGCUAUAGCUGGUACAGCUCAGCUAAUAUGCAGGAGUUUAUUAACCUGCUGUAACUCAAUGCUGUAGGUCAGGUUCUGCUCUGAAUUAAAAAAAAAA